CUUCAGGUUACCCUCAUGCCCCAUGACAUGUCCUGCACAGAGAAGUGCCAGCCCUGCCAGCCCUGCGGCCCCUGCCCGCUGGCCAACAGCUGCAAUGAGUGCUGUGUCAGGCAGUGCCAGAGCUCCACCGUCGUCAUUGAGCCGCCUGCUGUGCUGGUGACCCUGCCCGGGCCCAUCCUCAGCUCCUUCCCACAGAACACCGUGGUGGGAUCCUCCACCUCCGCUGCUGUUGGCAGCAUCCUCAGCUCUGGUGGAGUGCCCAUCAGCUCCGGGGGCUUUGACAUCUCCUGCAUCACCAGCCGCUAUGGUGACAGUAAAUGUCACCUCUGCUAAAUCUGCUGUCAAUGG